AUGAGCACCACAAGAACAGAGAACCCUGUUUUAAUGGGUCUGUCCAGUCAGAAUGGGCAGUUGAGGGGCCCAGUGAAACAAAGCCCAGGGCCUGGAAAUGGGGGAACACAGACACAGCAAAUAAACCAGCUGAAAAAUGCCAGCACAAUCAAUAAUGGAAGUCAGCAGCAAGCACAGAGUAUGGGCAGUGGUAUUAAACCUGGUGACGACUGGAAGAAGACGUUAAAACUCCCUCCAAAAGAUCUUCGAAUCAAGACUUCGGAUGUCACCUCCACAAAAGGCAAUGAGUUUGAAGAUUAUUGUUUAAAAAGAGAGCUGCUCAUGGGGAUUUUUGAAAUGGGAUGGGAAAAACCAUCUCCAAUCCAGGAGGAGAGCAUUCCUAUUGCUUUGUCUGGUAGGGAUAUCCUGGCUAGAGCUAAGAAUGGAACUGGCAAGAGUGGAGCCUACCUCAUUCCCUUACUUGAACGGCUGGACCUAAAGAAGGACUGCAUACAAGCAAUGGUGAUUGUACCGACUCGAGAACUUGCACUUCAGGUCAGUCAGAUCUGUAUCCAAGUUAGCAAGCACCUUGGAGGAGUAAAGGUCAUGGCAACAACUGGAGGCACCAACCUAAGAGAUGAUAUAAUGAGACUGGAUGAUACAGUUCAUGUGGUAAUAGCAACUCCGGGGAGGAUUCUGGACCUCAUCAAAAAAGGCGUAGCUAAAGUGGACCAUGUUCAGAUGAUAGUUUUAGAUGAGGCUGAUAAACUGCUUUCUCAAGAUUUUGUACAGAUAAUGGAGGAUAUUAUUUCUACGCUACCUAAAAACAGACAGAUUCUCCUUUAUUCAGCCACUUUCCCUCUCAGUGUACAGAAAUUCAUGUCCUCCCACUUGCAAAAACCAUAUGAGAUCAACCUGAUGGAAGAGCUUACGUUGAAGGGAGUUACACAGUACUAUGCCUAUGUUACAGAAAGGCAAAAGGUUCACUGCCUUAACACACUUUUUUCAAGGCUUCAGAUUAACCAGUCAAUUAUCUUCUGCAACUCAUCUCAGCGGGUAGAGCUAUUGGCCAAGAAAAUAUCUCAGCUGGGCUAUUCGUGCUUCUAUAUACAUGCAAAGAUGAGACAGGAGCACAGGAAUAGAGUUUUCCACGAUUUCAGAAAUGGCUUAUGCCGAAACCUUGUUUGCACUGAUUUGUUUACCCGUGGUAUUGAUAUUCAAGCUGUGAAUGUGGUGAUAAACUUUGACUUUCCAAAGUUGGCAGAGACCUAUCUACAUCGCAUAGGCAGAUCAGGUCGUUUUGGCCAUCUUGGGCUUGCUAUCAACCUGAUCACCUACGAUGACAGAUUUAACCUUAAAAGUAUUGAAGAGCAGCUGGGAACAGAGAUCAAGCCCAUACCCACCAGUAUCGACAAAAGCCUCUAUGUGGCAGAGUAUCACAGCGAGUCUGGAGAGGAGAAACAUUAA